AAUUAAGUAAUUUAAGCCCGAAAUAGUAGUUUGGAACGGAGUUGACUGCGUUUAAUCUGAGCCUAACGUGGCCUGACCGUCAGAGCUGACAACCUAGGUAAUUGGAGCUAUUGGCUCGGAUAAUACCGUCGCAAAGUCGUCCCAAAUUCAUUGUGACCGUUCGAUCUGACACCUUGGUAAAUGGUGAUGUUGGCACGGAUUAGUUCCGAGACAACACCGAAAAUUAAAGGGUGGCGGAUUAGGUUGGAACGGAUUAUGCCUUACCGAUUCCGAGCCAGCGUCUGAAGUACAUAUAUUGUACUUAGACAUUUGUCGAUCUAUUGAAGCCCUAGCAGAGAGUGGACUCCGGCCUCCACCAGUGCGAUAGCCAGCAACGACGUUUCCAACACCGCCACCGGUCUUUCCCCUCAUUCGCGCGUUGCUGUUUGUCCAGCGUCUCCAUCCACGCCUCUUCUCCAACAUCUCCAGUAUCUGUAGCCUCUGCUUUGCCGCACAGGUUAUCUUCAUUUGUCUUUCCGAAUAACUGCUUAUAUUUAUUUGUGGAUGUUGAAUAAUAUGACAAAUAAUGUUUGAUUCUUCAUUGCUGUUCCAUUCGUAUUUUCUCUAUACUGCAUCUGUAGUCCUGUUUUUCUCUAGCAUAUUUCGACCUUGAAAUCUCCACUAUCAUAUAAUCCUUUUUUAAUAUUUCAAAAUUUCUUUAUUAUGUUGAUGAUUUUGUUUUCAACUCUUUGCAGUUUAUUUCGUUUUGUUAUAUAUGUUCUUCUACCAUAUUUUUAAAUUUAGUUUAUUUUGGCUAUUGUUGUCUUCUUUGCGGAGUAAUUUAUCUCUUAUUUUCGCAAUGUGUUAUUAUCCCUACAAUAUUUCUGUUGUGUCCUUCAUAUUUCUCGUAUCAUAUUUUAAUAUAUCGAAUUUCUUUACAAUUAUGCUUUAGUACAAUGUCAUGCCUGAGGGGUAGUUGGAACUCUGCAACUUCGGGUCGUGGGUGCGGCGGUGGACGUGGGGGAAUGUCCUCUGAGUCCCGCUCUCGUAACGAAGAGCAAAACUCUCCACUGGCUGAUUCACAUGAAUCUGUCCAAUUGAGAGUUGUUGAACAAGAGAUUGGUUCUGGUUCUGGUAUGCCUGAUCCUCCUAUUUCUAAAAUUUGGAUCAUUCCUGAAGAUAUGUCAAGGUAUUUGUUUUUAAUUUUGGUAAUCAGAAAAAUACUUUGUUUUUCUUGACUGUAACUUAUUUGUGUUUGCUAUAUUAUUAGUUUUUAAUUUGGUUUUCAAAUAAUUUAGCAAUCCUGCUGUUCUUGACACCAUUAUCCACUUUAUGAUCACUAACUACAUGGAGCUUGGCCUUCUUAUCAUCAAGCUUCUGAGGCAGCAAGGGAGCAUUGGUGGAAUUUAUUCUCGAGGAAAUAUAAUGAGUUAAAGUCUCAAGCUGGAUCCGAAGGGAAGUCCUAUGAAACUGAUGACACAGAGCUGUUUUGCAAAGUCGUCCCACCAUAUAGGGGUCGCCGGUAUGGGACGGGGUGUGAAGCCAUGAUCCUGAGCGAUAGUGAUGGUUCUAGCGGAGCUGGUGGGCUGAGUCAACAAGAAAUCGAUGUGAUUGUGAAGCAAAAGGUUGAAGCUCGUUUUGCUGAACAGGUAGCCGCCCAAGAGCAGUGGCGGCGGCAAUAUGAACAACAAUUUCAGUCUCAAAUGGCUAACCUGUCCGGGGCCCUGAUGUCGUAUAUGCAAAAUUUGCGGAGCACCAAUCAUUCCAUUGCGCUGCCUGCCUUCAGCUUUAGUUCCCCGACCCCGAACCUUUUCAACGCCACACUUGGAGGAGAUUCAACCGAGAUAAGAAUGGAUGAUUUGUUGGCUGAACUGCAAGGGAAUCCUGUUGUUUGAUGUUUGAACUUUGUCUGUAAUGAUGUCUAUGUUUUUGCUUAAACAUUAUGUAGUAAUUUUUUUCUUAAACAUUAUGGUUGGAUGGUUGGAUGUUUAACCAUUUUUUGGGAUGUUUGUUAAUGCUUAGCUUGUUGAUGCGGAGUAUUUUGAAUGCUUCUCCGUAUUGUAAUGUGAAUUAUCAUCUGGAAUGAUUUUAAUAUUUUUGAAUGUGUUUUGCAUUUUA